AUGCAAUUAUGCACGGCGCCCCAAUAUUGCGGUACGAACAGUGAACGACUCUCUAUAGUGCACCUUUUGCAGUUCUACACCGAAGUGGAAAUCUUAAAUGGUAUUCGCUUUAAAAGUGCUUUCUCAGCGGAGAUUGAGUACUUAGUGCACUUAUAUGGAGAGUUAAUUUUCUUCAAUGCACUAAAUGUUUCACUAUAUACUUGCUGCGGGAAGAAAAGGGGCUCAGAAUCAAUUGGUUCGAAUCCUGAGAACUACAAGUUCCGUGCCUUUUUUGGCGAUUAUAAUACUGGUGAUAAUAAAAAUGAGAACUGA